GGGUGCUGCUGGAGCAGGUACUGAGCGUGCGCGGCACCGUGCGGGAUCCCUGGGGAAGAUGCAAGGGCCUCCUGGUACUUUUGAAGAAUUCUUACAGUCUCAGAAAUUGGAUGAUUGGCCAAGAUUUCCCUUUCUAGAUGAAGAUCGUCCUUUGGUGGACAAAUUAAGAAAUGACUAUUCACUUGAUGCUAUUUCUAAGUUUCUGUGUGACAGUGCUCCACUACAAAUCAGCCUUGUCUCAGAUUUGGAGAAGAGAAUAGAUGGGUGCACAGCUGAACUGAAGAAACAUGCUGAAAAAAUAUUUUCUUUUCAACAAAGGCUAACAGAGGAAGAUGACCAUCGUGUUUCACUACAGCAAACCAAUGAUACUCAAUUUACUGAUUCAGAAGAAAUUUCAAUUCAAACAGGCAAGAUGGGGAAAACAAAGAUUGAUAAAUAUAUCACUGAGGAAUCAAGCAGAAAAAAUGUCAAGAAUUAUAGAUACCCAGGUUUCAAGUUAAAACAGCUUACAGAACUACCAAGACAUUUGGAAGCAGCAAAACUUUGGGACUUGGUUAUAAAAGCUCACAAUUUCAAAGGAGAAGUUUUUAAAGUUUGGAGAAAGUUGUUUCUCUCAGAAGCAUCCAUUGCUGUUUUACAGGAUUGUUUUUGGUGGUGGUUUCUUCAAAAGUUUAAGCCUAAUCAAGAAGAUCAAGAUUACUUGUUUGACAGAAUUGCAGACAGCUUUGUAUCACUUUUCCUAUGUGUCCCCAGUGAUACUAAAGAUGCUUUUUUUCAGGUGUAUCCUGAUUGUUUGUCACAAGUCAUCUAUGUUGCUUUCUGUGAAGCAUUUCCAGAAUCCAAUAAAUCUUUUGAUGAUGCAUUUAAAGAUGGACUAGUGGAUUUAAUUUUUCAAUGGGUAUCAGGUCUAAAGCCACAGAAAUUUGCUUGGAAGAAAUGGAAUCUAGAAUGCCUGAAGAAGCCCACAGUAAACAGUAACAAGAAGGAUACAAUUACCAAGGCACCAGUUAAGGAGUCUGGCAAAUCCAAAGCAGUCAUUGACGCUUGUGACCAGAUAGGGUCCAGACCUCUUUUACCUGAAGCACGUGAGCAACACCCAACCUCCCACUCAUCAGUGAGAUUUCAAGUGGGUCUUGAUUUCGAAGAUCUAACUGAAGAUACAAAAAAGAUGUACAUUUCAUCAGCUGAAGAAAUAAAGGAUGACAGUAAAUGUAAAAUGGAUAUGCCAAAAGAGUCCAAAACCAUAAAAGAGUCCUGUUAUAUUGGCUCAGGUCCCGACUUCCAGCAUGUACUCUUCAGAAUUGGUGGUCGAAGUCCUCUGGUCUCAUAUUAUCUUAAGCUGCAUGAAAUCACUGAUGGUGUCUCAAGCUCUUUGACUUACAAGAUGAAUCGUACUGAAAUUUGCAAGCUACCGCCAGUCGCUCCAACUUAUCAAGAAGUUAUUAAAGAGACACGGAGGCUCAGAAGGGAAUUCCGGGAGGAUUAUACUGUAUUUCAGAAUAAGUGUAAACAAGACAUCUCAGAAAUAGAAAAGCAGAGAAAAGAAAUUAACCAGAAGUUCAGAAGACUAACAGAGAGCACCUCCAAGAAUCCCUCUGAACUAAGGCUGAGCGCAGAUAUGUUAAUGCAUGAACUGGAAUUCGCAACAUGGGACAAGAAACCACCCAGUAGUGGAAGAAGUACGUUCACGUCAUCUGAUCCUGACCCCAGAGCAGGCCUCCUCGGAUUCCUUUCUUCCUCUUAUUUCUCCCAACAUCUCCUCGCCUACCUGCCACCACCAUGAAUUGCUGGCACCUCUCCUCCUCCUGCCCCCAGAGACUGAGCAUGUCAUUCUCAGGAAACGACUAAACUCCACCACCAAUCUGUGCUGCCACAGACCUCAUCCGUGCUAUCACCCAACAUAAUCAACAUAACCAGACGAUUUGCACCUGGCUGACCUUCUUCAGAACAGGUCUGGCAUGAUGCAGAACUAUAUUCCAAGACCACAUGUGAGUUUAUGUGCACAUCCAGCCAAAGGUACAUAGUGUAACUUGUUUUUUCUUAACAGAAUUGUACAGUAUUACUUAGCAUACAGCAAGCCUGUUCUUAGUGUUCAGGUUUCCAAUUUCUACUAACUAAUAAACUUCAGACUUUCUGAUUGCUUUAUGGAUCAUUGCAGAUACUCACUUCCUCUGUUAUGGAAUGUGAAUCCACUUAUUACAAUGACUAGGCAACGGGCACAAGUAUACACAAUAUCUUUUCUCUUCCUGAUGUUUGAAUUUAAGAUUCUAGAUUCUACCAGACAUUUACAUCAGACUGAACUUUAUUGCUCCAUGUGGUACCUUCAAACGCCAUGACUACUGCAGAAGUGUUUUGACACAUGAACAAAAGUCGACUAAAUUCACUUACACUGCGUUUGUUUUUGAGGAACAAUAUUUUUUUAAAAAUUGAGGCCUAAAUUCUGGAUAUGGACUGUAAAUGGGUUCAUUUCAAAACACAGUGGGGAGAGUGGGAUGGAAGAGUAUAAGGGUCAGAGGGUGUGGUCCACAUGCUUUAGAACAUAUAUGCUCAAUCCUGGCUUGCAGAGAUUACAUCUGGUCCAGGGAUGGCCAUGUGUGAGACUUGAGCUGGCCAAAAUACAGCCUUACAAUAAUCCUCUUUCUGCAGCUUUAAUGUAUGCCUGUUUCCUUGCCAAACUUUAAGCCUGCCAAAAUUUGGCCAAAGAUGUUUCUUCAAUUGUGCAAUAUUUUAAGUUUAUAUCCAACAGUUUUUUGUAAAAACAAUUGCAUUGUUUCUUUAAAGUUUAUGGAUGUUAACAAUAUUUAAAGUUGUAUUUUAAAAUUAAUACUCUUGG